AAGCUUCUGUGGAUGUGAUUCAGGUGUGGACGACACUAUGAGGAUGCUCGUGCGGCUCGUGUUGGGACUCUUCGUCCUCAAAGCGGUGGUGGCGGGCCCCAGAUUUUCCCGACAAGCGGACUUGGACACGUACGACAGUGCCAACUAUGAUGUGGAUCUAGACAAUUUAAAUUUGGAGAACCAGGAUAUCUAUGACUAUGAAGAUGGGCUGACGAUUGAUGAUCCUCAGAUAGAGAUUGGAACACUGGCCCCACCUGACUAUAACUACCCUGUACCGGAGGCCUCGUUGGAAGAACAAGUAGAAGAAGAGGAGGAAGUGGAAGAAGAGUUGCCCCUAACACCCCAGCUCAUCCCUCAGGGUUCAGGGGGAUCUGGGGUUCUCAUGGGCCCAGAGACACAGAAAGAGGUGGAGCUGCGUCUGACGCCCAUUGACAUCCUUCAUGUGUCCGGGGAUUUUGGGGGCUCCGUUGGGUCUGGGGCCUCGGGUGCUUCUGGGGCUCCUGGGUCUGGAGGCUCAGGAGACCUACUGGUCUCCGGCGGCUCUGGGGGUUCUGGUGAUAUUAUCCUGAUCUCCGGAGCCUCUGAGGAGCUCAUUACCUCUGGGGGAUCUGGGGAGUUCUUGUUAUCUGGGGAUGUCUUGAUAUCUGGGGAUCACUCAGGAUCAGGAGAUAUUUCCGGAGCUUCUGGGGACCUUGGCUCUGGAAUUGCUAUUGAAUUCCCCCUGGGCUCUGGGGACCAGUCUGGCUCUGGGUUCUCCGGAGAUCUGUUGAUCUCAGGGGCCUCUGGGGUUUCUGGGGACUCUGGUGAGUCCGGUGACUCAGGGAUAACAUUGAUAUCUGGAGAGGAGGAGCUGCCCCUCAUUCCCGAGCCUAUCCCUAGCGAGGCAUCGGGUGCUUCAGGGGAGUUCUCAGGAGCUUCAGGAACCUCAGGGGCCUCUGGAGAAUCCGGAGACUUCUCUGGAGUUUCUGGUGUCUCUGCCUCAGGAGACGCAGAGGUCCCUGAGGUAACUCUGGUGACUGACACUGAUAAAGAGGAGGGGCUGCUUCCGACCACACCAGAAACCCCUCAGGAGGGUACUGGCGGUGUAGAAGGGUCAGUGAGCUCUGGCGAACCUGACGAGCCUGAUGAGCCUGUGAUUGACAGGAAAGGUAUGCCCACUUGCUUGCUGUGCACGUGCCUCGGUGGUUCGGUCUACUGUGAUGACUUGAAGCUGGAUAGCGUUCCACCUCUUCCCAAAGGCACCACUCACUUCUACGCUCGCUACAACAGAAUCACCAAGAUCAACAAGUCCGACUUUGCAAACAUGAGCAAGCUGAAGAGGAUCGACUUAACCGCCAACGAGAUCAAGUCCGUGGAUGACAAAGCAUUUUUGGGUCUGCCUGCGCUGGAGGAGCUGGUUAUUCGAGAAAACCAUGUCUCACAGCUGCCUGCUCUCCCAGAGACCAUGAGCCUGAUCGAUGCCAGCCAUAACAACAUUGGCACCAAGGGUAUUCACAACGAGGCGUUCAAGGAUAUGACGAGCCUGCUGUACCUGUACCUAACAGACAACCACAUUGACUACAUCCCCGUGCCUCUACCAGACAGCCUGCGAUCUCUACACCUACAGCGUAACAAUAUUCAAAUGAUGCACGAGGACACGUUCUGCAACCUGAAAGACUUCAACUACAUCAGGAACGCACUGGAGGACAUCCGUCUGGACGGCAACCCCAUCAACCUCAGCAGGACCCCGCAGGCUUACGUCUGCCUGCCCCGCAUACCCAUCGGGGAUCUCGUUUAACCACACAGACACAUACCUUACACUCUUGCACACAGACUCCCACCAGUACAACCACAUGCACACAUCUUUGUACAUAUUGACACACACACAGUCACACACGCAGACAUGCAUACCAUUGAUCUCAAACUAUCAGUUAAUUACACACUGCUGUACAUGCUGCUGACACAAUUUAUGUUUCGUGAACAUCCACGACAAAUUCUGAGUCAGAAUCUAGUGAUCAAGCACAUACACACUGCUCGCUCUACGUCUUCCUGUUCUUAGACCAGGUAGAACACACACACACACACACCGGCACCAACCAAAAUGCAUGUACACACACAUACAAACACACACACUCACACACAAGAACUUUGUCAAAAGCCAAACUGUUCCGUAACUUGAUUAGGAGUAAACAAUAGGUGGCAUUCGGAGAAAUCAGUUUAUUAAGAACCCUCAGAUGGCAUGUAUGUGUCUGUUUAGUGUCUGUUCAUGACUGGCAGAGAAAUAACAAACCAGUAACAUUGUUUUAAAUAUGUUUGUUUUGUAAAAAUAAUAAUAAUAAUAUUAAUUUUAAUGACAAAUCUAACACUUUUGGAAAUGUAUACUAGCAUAAACUUAUUGAAGCUGGAGCUUAAUGGAGGUAAAUUGAGUAUCUAAUGCAAUAAAAGACGCAUUUAAACACAA